AUGAGUGAAAACUUCGUCCCCCCAGGUCAACAGCGCAACCUGCGCGCCUGCAUGGUCUGCUCUAUCGUUAUGACGCAAAACCGCUUCCUGAAGGAAGGCUGCCCCAACUGCGAAGACUUCCUGCAUCUCGAAGGCUCAAUGGAAGCAAUCAUCGACUGCACAUCUCAAGUCUUCGAAGGAUUGAUCACACUCGCGGAUCCGAGUAAGAGCUGGGUCGCGAAGUGGCAGAGACUGGAUGGAUAUGUGCGUGGGGUUUAUGCUACGAAAGUCAGCGGGCAGCUGCCGGAUGAGGUGAUUGCUGUCAUGGAGGAUGAAGCGAGGAUCAAGUACAUUCCGAGAGAUGGAACUGCCACGGAUGCAGAUUAG